CAGGUCGAAAAAGAUGGUCACAAGAAGUAACGAAGCCGGUUCAGGCAACUAUCGUAACGAGUAUUUUGCAGCUGUUACCGCCACGUUGUCUCUGGUGGCAACGGUUGCAACAGCCGGGUGGUCAUCUCCAGCAAUUCCGGCACUCCUGAGUCCAGAAUCACACAUCAAAAUCACACCAGACCAGGGAUCAUGGAUUGUAUCGAUUCUCUCGAUCGGAGGCUGCUUCGGUGCCAUCAUCAUGAGUCCACUGGUUGACCAUUUUGGCCGUAAAUUUACGUUGAUCAUCUCCAUGAUCCCACUGGUCAUCGGAUGGAUCAUGAUAGUGUUUGCCACUAAUGUUCCAACGAUCUACGUAGCACGUUUUUUGCAUGGCCUCGCUUAUGGAACGACUUACGGCGUGGCGCCGAUCUAUCUGGGCGAGAUAUCCUCGAAAACCAUACGUGGCUCAACAGGUGUGCUUGUCACCGUCAUGGCAAAGCUGGCGUUCCUGUUACAAUACAGCAUUGGACCCUACGUGAGCUUCCGCUCUUUGGCAUUGAUCUCUCUCGUCUUUCCGGCCAUCUUUUUAGUCACAUUUUGUUGGAUGCCAGAAACACCGUACCACUACUUAGCUCACGGAAACGACGAAGCCGCUCUCAACAGUCUACGUUGGUUGCGAAGAUCCGAUUUCUAUAACGAAGAUUUUCGCCAAGAGUUUCACCAGAUGCAAUCGUUGGUCGAAAAAAAUCGUCAUGAUCGCAGAUCCUUACUCGAUCUAUUGACGAAACGUAACCGGAAGAGUUUGGGCAUAAUUUUGCUGCUAUCUUUCGGCAUGCAACUCACUGGCAUCAACGCCAUCCUAGGUUACUCACAAACGAUAUUUUCCGAAUUGGAAAUGAACCUGACGGCUGCGGAACUGUCAAUCAUUUUGGCAAUCGUACAACUGGUGGCCGUAUUCAUUCCUACAUUUUUCGUCGACAAAACCGGACGACGACCACUGCUGCUGAUUUCAAGUAUCGCAUCCGUCAUUGCACUGACAAUUUGCAGUUCAUAUUUCACGCUGGACGCCAUGGGUUAUCCGGUGGACACACUUGGUUGGAUUCCAUUUGUUGCCACGUUGGGUUUCAUAGUAUCAUUUGCUCUCGGGCUGGCAACCGUUCCGUUCGCCAUAUUGGGUGAAAUCUUUCCCAAGAACAUCAAAGCCAACGCGAAUGCAGUGUUUACCGUCAUUACUUCGCUGAUAGUGUUUACGGUCGUCAAACUGUUUCAAAUUAUUUCGGACGGGGCGGGGACGUAUGUGGUCUUUUGGAUAUUUGCUACGUGCACUACUGUGACCACUGUGCUGAUAUAUUUUUGGAUUCCCGAAACGAAAGGUAAGUCGUUUGAGGAAAUUCAGCAACUGAUGGAGCGAGAUGUGGACAAAGAAGGCAAACUGACAACGACAGUGUGCUGA